AUGUUAAUUGAUAAACAGAUCCUCUACGAACAUAAUCUCGAAGAUGAUCAUAUCGUGAUCGCGCAAACGGCGAUAUUAUUGAGCUUCUAUAACUCUAACUCCGACGCAAUGAGCAAUUCUACAUGGCUUUCUGUAGCCGUCGAACAUGCACAAGCCGUGAACGCUCUUGAAUAUGACUACAUUGAACCGAGAUUCAACCGCGAGCAGCUAAAGAGACUGUGGUGUUGCUGUAUACUUCGGGAUCGUGUGAUCUCUCUGGGAAUGCGUCGCCCACUUCAAAUUUUACCAGAAAAAUUUCCCGUAACGGAGAAUUUGAUGUGUCUUGAUGAUUUAAAAGAGGAACUGGGAAACUCUAAGACCUACAACUUGGAGACGAAGACAAUGCUUAAUUUCAUGUUCAUCGGCCUUUGCGAAUUCGCAGAAGCGGUGACUGACUUGCUAUUGAUCUUAUACCCCCCGCACCAACGGUCGCCCUGGGUAACUACUGACAGGCAUGGCACCAUCUGGGAACACCUUACGCGAAUAAAACUGAGAUUGUCAGUUUGGGAGGGCGAUUUUAUGAGAAGGCUUGAACAUGAUGAAUGCGAGAUCCAUCCUUCCAUCACCCUUUUUGUCUCCAUGAUCGAUAUGUACUACCAGGCUGCACGAAUAGCCUUAUGCAAUCAUGCCUGUCGUCUGGCUGCUAAGUUUGAAUCGCUACAGUCUAAGAAGUUGAUUCUUGAAUCCUACAAGUCUGAACUCCAAAACGCGGUCACCGAUAUGGCUGAUAGUGUUCGACGAUUGAUUGUUGCCGAUAUGGCGAAGUAUCUACCAGUGAGCGCGAUGGCUUGUACGAUGUUACCUCUCAUUCUAUGUGGGCUGGAUGUUAGUUUACCGUCUAGUGCGAGGACACCUCGCCGAAACUCCCAAAAACUGCUCAUUUUCAAGGAGAUAAACCGGAUAUACAGUCUGCGGUACAACGUCAAGCGUCUCUCACUUCUAAUAGAGCUGGCGAUUGAAUUUGUCAAGUCGGAGAUUAUUAAAAUAAUGCUAGGUGCAAAAGAAGUCGUCAUAUCUUUUGCAGAUAUGUUUGAGCGAGAGCCCGACAGCUAUGUAGGUUUAUGUCUGUACGUCGACAGACUGCUUGCUGUAGAUGAUCUUGGCACGCAAAUCAAUGCAAAUAAGCCCAAUCGCGCACAGCAGCAGCACCAAAAACAGUUAUUAGACCUGCACCAUUACAUCAAAUCGGAGCAGCCUUGCUUGGCUCCAACUUCAUAUGCUACUACUAGCAGUAGCCAUGACAGCGACGAAUGCGAUAGCACGAUUGAAGAUCCCAGCCAAAUCAUACCAUUUGCGUCAGCUAUGUAUUCGUCAGCGUCUCCGUCCUUUUCGUCUCCAGAAUACAUGGGGAUAACCGUAACGGAGCAAAUAGACACCACACCGAUGUGCUGGGCAUCAGAAGAUCAAAAUAUACUAAAAGAGCACAGUCUGGAACAGAGCCAAGGACAAACAUUAGGGGGGGCCUGGUCUGACCAAUAUUUUGAAACUAUUGGAUUUCUCGGAGAAUGA